UUAAUCUCUUUUACCUUACAGAAUAAGAAACUGAUGAAGCCGGCUGAUCAAAAGGAAUCGGCACGCCGUCCCUUCAUCUUUUAUAGGAGUCAGGUGGGCUCCCAGAACUUGCUGGAGUCAGUGGCUCACCCCGGAUGGUUUGUCUGCACCUCCUGCAAUUGUAAUGAACCUGUUGGAGUAACAGAUAAACAUGAGCAUAAGAAACACAUUGAAUUUUCAUUUCAUCCAGUUUGCAAACCUGAAAUGAGCCCCAGUGAGGUCAGCGAUUAGGAAACUACCCCAUCAAAUGCUUUCCUGGCUAACUGGCCUAAUUAUAUAAAAACCGAAAUCCUGCUCACUAA